AUGGUCAUCUUCCGGGAAAACACCGAGGGCGAGUAUGCGCCCGUAGGCGGCCGGCUGUACGCCGGUACGGCCCACGAAACAGUCAUCCAGAGCGGGGUGUUCACGCGGCGGGGCACGGAGCGGAUCAUCGUCCGUCGUGGAGGCAAGAACAAGGUGACCUCGGUUACCAAGUCCAACGCCCAGGCGUUCAGCAUGGUGUUCUGGGACGAGGUGUUCGAGGACGUCGCCGCCGAGUAUCCCCAGGUGCAGACGGAAUCGCUGCUGGUAGACCGGGCAGCCAUGGACCUGGUGCGGUGGCCGGAGGACUUCGACGUGAUUGUCGCGUCCAACCUGUUCGCCGAUAUUCUAUCCGACAUUGCCGCCGUGGUGACGGGCAGCAUGGGGCUCGCGCCCAGCGCAAACAUCAACCCCGAGGGAACCUUCCCAUCGAUGUUCGAACCCGUGCACGGCGCGGCAUUUGACAUCACCGGGAAGAACCUGGCGAAUCCACUGGCCACGAUAUUCGCGGUGGCGAUGAUGCUGGACCACCUGGGCGAGCACGCCGCCGCCGACCGGGUCAACACCGCCGCCCUGAAAGUGCUGAACGAACGGACCGUCCUGACGAGCGACCUGGGCGGGAGCGCCAGUACCCAGCAGGUGGGCGAUGAAGUGGUGAGGCUGCUGAGCGAAGGUACAGUCUGA